AAGCUACCAGGCCAGCUAGCUAGUAGCAAGUACAUACUCCUACGUGCAGAUGCUAACUACUCCUACAGCUAGCAGCUAGCAGCCUUCUUGCUUCCCUUGUUGGCUACCUUUUCCGGCCGUCCGGUUAUUUCCACCACCUGAUCGAGCAACCUACAAAGGGCAGGGCCAGCAGAUGCAUGCAGAUAGUAGCUAGGUAGUACGUACUAGCUCGGCCUCCGGCCGGUCGGCCCACAUUAUUGUCCAGCCUCCAUAAAUCCUCCUCUCGACUGCCGGCCAGAAACCUGCUGAACGUACGGUGGCCGCGGCCAUGAGACGACCUCACGCCGCCGCCGCUACCGCUCUCGCUGUCCUCCUCCUCCUCCUGUUCCUCGCCGUCGCGUUGAUCCACAGCAACGGCGGCCUGGCGAGGAGGAGGCCGACGAGGUGGGCCGCCGCCGUCCCGAGGAAGAUGCUGCUCGCCAUGACAAGCUUCGACGCUGCCGCCUCGCCCUCGUCAACAGCUGGUCGUCACCACCACCACCAUCUUCAUCAUCAUCACCACCACCACCAUCUUCAUCAUCGAUGGAACCGGCACGGGGUUAUUCCAUCACUUCCACCGUCAGCGGGUGACGAGGCGAUCGAUCCGCGGUACGGCGUGCAGAAGAGGCUGGUGCCUUCAGGCCCCAACCCCUUGCAUCACUGAUGAGAGGUCGGUUGUUGCCACGCACGGCACGCGAUCGAGCAGCAGCACCUGCAUGGCUGCAUGCAUGUGCAUGGAUCGAUCCAGCAGCUUAAUUUCAUGGCGGCCGCACAGCUAGCACAGGCACAGCUGGUUCGGUGUCCACGGUGAGUACACGCGGCGCACAUCAUCUUGCUGUGUUUGUAGAUCCAUCGAGAGUCAAGUAUAUUCUUUGGUUGUGUUCUGGAGUUGGAAGAGAGAUGCGCCGAAGCAUGCGUAUUUUGCUAUGGUGUCAGUCAUCGCACAACCUGCUUAAUUAUUCAUUACCAUUCGUGUGUUCAUGUAUGUAAAUGAUGUAAUAUCUUGGUCUCCAGCUGCAAAGCUGCAGAGUGAUCGAAACAAAAAGAGAGAGGUAAUCACUAGCUAGCUACUUAUAUUUAUAUAUAGUACAUAUAUAUAAGUCAUGUUCAUGAGGAGAGGACAUGCAUGGCUAUGCUUGUUGGUUUCUCUUUUAGUUUCCAUUCCGUUUUCAACCCGUUCAUUUUCUGUUUCUUGAACAAAAUCUUGACAUGAAGAUGUAUAUAUAUGGGACGUGUUUUAUCUACUCCCUUCCUACACACCCUGAAAUAACGAAUCAAUGAUAUUGUAAUUUUGAUUAACCUUUCUUUCAACAAAAAUUUGAUUAACCUCACCAUAUCUCCAAUGCUAAUGAAACUUCGAUUUCCGCGUUUCUAUGCAUGCAGUUAGUUUGGAAAACUCGCAAGCUACAUGUGCCAUAUGUCUCGUAUUCCCCCACCCAAAUUCUUUACGCCUUGGAUGCGUGCAGCAGCAGGAAUAUGCUGCAGUCAAAGCUACGGAUAACAAUAACAUACGCCUGUUUGUAUGAGUCUAACUCUAGUUCUUUUUUUAAUUGGAAGUCUAACUAGGUAGCUUGGACGGCCACGCAAAUAGUACGGCUACCUGUUUCUUUUUUGUUUUCCUUAGAUAACAUUUUGAUUUUGUCUUAAAAUAUUUUUUAUAAUUAUUAGUUUUGUUUAUUUGUUCGAUUGCAUUUGCCAUCUACUUUUCACCCAUUUGCAUUCAUCUGCAUGAACAACCAUAUAUCUAUCACCAAUAAAUCUUUUGGCUUCAACCUAUUGUUGUCUUUUUUUUAAAUCCUCUUUUUUUUUUCCUACUAUUCCUGUCCUGGUAUCGUGCAAUUUCUACCGAUGCCAAAGUAAGGUAGCCUUUAAUUUCUAUUUGAUGAGCUCCAUUCCUUUUAUUA